CCCCCGCCCACUAACAGGAUAAAGGGCUGGCUGUCUUGGGGCUGAGGGAGAUGCAGAGCAAGAUGCAGGGCCAUGUGGCAGGGAGCCGGGCUCCUCUGGGCCUGCUCCUGGUCUGUCUUCAUCUUCCAGGCCUCUUUGCCCGGAGCAUCGGUGUGGUGGAGGAGAAAUUUCCCCGAGACUUGGGGAUCAACCUGCCUCUGCUUGGGCAACCUUCCUUGACCGGCCCCUCCAACUCAGAACAUCCUCAGCCUGGGCCUAAUGAUUCAGCAAUUGAUUCUCUGCAGCGCAAUGCUUCUCCAUCACAUGGCUCUCAACCUGCAGGAGGUGCUGCGGUACAGAGGUGGCCCCCAUCUGGGGGGCUGCCCUCCAUGGAUUCCUGGCCCUCGGAGGACCCUUGGCCGACGAUGGCUGCUGUGGUCAAGGACCAUGUGGGAGAAGUGCUGCCCGAAGAACUGUCCUACCUUUCUAGUGCGGCUGCCCUCCCUCCGGGCAGCGGGCCUUUGCCUGCAGAGACCUCUGCACACCCCGCAGACACCUCACCCGAGGCUUCACUCCUCCACGAGGACCCUGAAUCUAGACGGCCACUCCACUCUAAUGUGCUGGGCGCCCAGGGAAAAAUCCUUGCCCUACGCCCUCCCCGGUCUCUCAUCAGCAAAAUUCGAUGGCCAGUUCUGCCUGGUCACUACUUCGGGUCCCUGAAUCCCCGUAUAUGCUGGGGAGGUAAAGGUCCUGGCACUGGAUGGAGACCAAACCGCUUGCCAUACCCUAUGGGAAUCUGGGGUAACAGUAAUCAAUACACAAGUACUAGCUGGGGGAGUAUUAAUCCGUAUCCAUGUACCACAUGGGGGAUUAUUAAUCGGUAUCCAGGUACUAGCUGGGGGAAUAGUCAUCUACACCCAGGUAUUAAUCGAUUUCCUCCCAGAGUUCGCCGUGCUCCUGGCUCUUAUUGGAGCACCGCAGCUGCCUUUCCCAAUCCUCAAAACCCUGGGUCACAGUGGAGUUAGGAGAAUGACAGAGGGGGACAACCCUAAGUUAGAAGUCAGAGAAGGGAGUCCUGCUCCCUCCCCUUGCAGUGUGAGCUAAAUCAAGAUCCUAUCAGCUGUUUUCUAGCGUCCUCUCCACUUUCACUGCCUCCCUGCUCCCCAUAUGCUGAUCUCCAAUAAAACACAGCACUUACUGAAUC